ACAGGCACCCUGCCCUGGCACCACAGAGUCACUCACAGCAGGGCUGGCUCACAACUCCCUCAGGACAGGAGCAGGUCCUGGUUUCUCAGAGCACAGUGAUUCUGUCCCUGCCCUCUUUUGCUGCCUGGCUGAAAGCAGACCAUCAUACCUGGAUUUCUCUCUGUUUUUCCAGCAUCUGCUCGUCUUUUAUAGUUGUUUAAGAUCAGAGAAAACACCUGCCAGUUGCUUUUUCUUCAGUUUCAGUCCCUUCUGCUGCUUCGUGCAAGAUGGAGCUAGAAAAUGCAAUGAUCAGCUCCUCGAGCAGCUCUUCAGCAGGCUCCAGAGAGUACAAGGUGGUGAUGCUGGGAGCAGGGGGAGUUGGCAAAAGCGCAAUGACAAUGCAGUUCAUUAGCCAUCGAUUCCCUGACUACCAUGACCCAACUAUAGAGGAUGCCUAUAAAACUCAAGUCCGAAUUGAUGAUGAACCAGCCUAUCUGGACAUUCUAGACACUGCUGGACAGGCAGAAUUCACAGCCAUGAGGGACCAGUACAUGCGAGGUGGAGAAGGCUUCAUUAUCUGCUAUUCCAUCACGGACCGCCAAUCCUUUCAGGAGGCAGCUGAGUUUAAGGAGCUCAUUUAUCGUGUCCGGCACACCUACGACAUCCCCGUGGUGCUGGUGGGAAACAAAAUAGACCUCGAGGAGUUCAGACAGGUCUCAACUGAAGAAGGAAUGAGCUUAGCCAGAGAAUAUUCCUGCUCCUUUUUUGAGACUUCAGCUGCGCUCCGCUUCUACAUUGAUGAUGUCUUUCAUGGACUAGUGAGGGAGAUUCGAAGGAAAGAAUCCUCACUGUCCAUGAUAGAGAAGAAGAUGAAGAGGAAGGACAGUCUGUGGCGGAAACUGAAGGGAUCCCUGAAGAAAAAAAAGGAAAGUACAACCUGAUGGCAAUUCUCUCUGAACCGCUCAUCAGGAGCUGACCACAGUAACCUGUAAUAAUUCAAAAAGGCAGCAUUGACACAGCAUCUUCCAGGCCAGGGCCUGGAGCUCCUCCCCUUCAGCUCUCAUGCAGAAGUUGUUCCUUGAAGGCCUAAUUAAUGGUUUCCCUGUGACUCUUCUGUUCUGUAGUGUCAUUUAGCAUACCCUCUCAUACCUUUUCUGCAACUCUGAGUGGAGAAAAUACUGUGUUUUUUAACGUGUGCUCCAUGGCUGGUCUUCAAAUGCUAUGAGUUACGCCAGCAUCCAAGGCUGAACCAGCUUCCACCAGCUCUAGGACUAUGGAUACACUUAUUGCCUCCUCCUCUGCAUGCACAGGUCAUUUCACCAUCCCAGGAAUGAAUGACAUUGAUUUCAAUGGACAUUUUGACUGUUUAAGGACUCUUGGGGUGGGACCUUCAGCUUUGCGUUCAUAGGUUUAGGGUUAGCGUGUCUCGGCCUGCACGCCCGUGUCUGUGUGUGACCGUGUCUGUGAGCCAGGCCCAAAAGGACCCUGGGCACUCCAAUCUUGAUCCCGUGGUGCCCCAUCCCCACUGUGCCCUGCCCAGACAGCAGGCAGCUUUACAAGCAGGGUACAAGUCAUGCACCAGCUCUGCAGAGGCUGCAGGGGCUCUUCUCUGUCUCCUCUUGCCAGGGCUGGCUGGCAGAGGUGCCAUGUUCCGCAGACAUGCUGUGCAUUAAAGUCAUACAAGAGUUUGUGUUGGAAAGGAACUUUUAAAGGUGAUUUGGUCCAAACUUCUGCAAUGGAUGUGGAGACCUUCAACUUGAUCAGGUUUCUCAGAGUCCUGCUCAGCCUGACCUUGGAUGUUUCCAAGGAUGGGGCAUCCACCACCAAUCUGGGCAUCCUGUGCCAGUGUUUCACCACCAGCCACACUCCCCUGUCCCAUCAAGGAGCUCACAAGUGCUCUGUCUGUCCAACGAGUCCCAGAGCCCUCCCUGGAGCAGUGCAGCUCUGUCCCAGCAUGUAAUAGCAUCUGUGAUGUAGCAUCCAGCCCUUGACUUACUAGAGAAUUGCAUCAGCACAAAUCACCAUUGCUCACAGUCCUUGACCAUCCAACUGAACCACUUGAUUAAGCAGUUGGAUAAGUCUUUUUAAAUAUUCCUUUUAAAACCCAGCAUGAAGUAGAGUAUAUGCUCUUAAACAUUUUUUCCCCCUGGAGUUCCUUUAAUGUUGUUGCUAUUUAUAAAUUUUAUAGAUAGAAUAUGCAUAAGUUUUGUCAAAAAUAAAGAUUGUGAUUUCCAUGGA